AUGACAAGUUAAAUUGUUUAACUGACAUUUAUGUAAUUUUACAAAUUCAACAAAAAAAUAUUUAGAAAUUCUCGAGUGAUAAGCUACCUACAUACAUCCAUAAAAUGUUUCGUAAUUUAAGAAAACUGAAAACUCCGUUGCGAAGUAUCAUACGGCUUCACAGUGAUGUUUAUGUAUGUCCAGAAAAGACUUCUUGUAAGGAAAGACCGAAGCCAAUGACGGUUGAGGAGGCAUUUAUAAAAUAUUGCAUCAUACCGGAUGUGAUAUGCGAUGUUCCAAGAGCAUUUGCAAGAGUGUGUUUUCCUAGUGGUAAAUUCGCUAUCGCAGGGAAUGCGUUGACCCCAACAGAAGUAAAAGACAAGCCAUCCGUUAUUUACAAAGCUGAUGAAGAUUGUUAUUAUUUCUUAUUUAUGGUUGAUCCUGACGCUCCUUGUCGCAGUAAUCCAAAAUUUCGGGAAUGGAAUCAUUGGAUGGUUGGAAACAUCCCUGGCAGAGACAUAAGUAGAGGCCUAACAUUAUACCAGUUUAUUCCCUCGGCCCCUCCAAAAGAUACAGGAUUUCAUCGUUACAUUUUUCUAGUAUAUAUGCAACCGAUGAAGUAUUCUUUUAGCGAUGUUGAGAAAUUGACCAAUACAUCAGCUGAUGGACGAGGUAAUUUUUCUGUUAGAGAUUUCGCAUAUUGUUAUUCAUUGGGAAAACCUAUAGCAGGAAACUUCUAUGUCGCCAAAUACGAUUCUCAUGUGGAUAAAGUGUAUGCCUCGUUGGGUGUCAAGUAAAUUCUAAACUUCAGACUUGUUAAACCGUUUUCGGACAUGUUUUGGAUCAAUACAAAUGUAUACCUAAUUAUAAAGUAAUAAACUAUUUU